AUGGCAGAAUCAUGUAGUUCGAUGAUCUUGUUGGCUCUUUUUGCGGGUUUUUGGGUGUGCGUAAACGCUCACGAGAAAUUAAAUUACCAAGAAGCCCUCACGAAAUCGAUCAUUUUCUUGGAGGCCCAACGAUCUGGAAAGCUUCCUCCGACUAAUAGGGUUCCGUGGAGAGGUGAUUCUGCUCUUGAAGAUGGAAAACUAGUCGGAGUUGAUUUGGUGGGGGGAUACUAUGAUGCAGGAGAUAACGUGAAAUUUGGACUUCCGAUGGCGUUUACGGUGACCACGAUGGCGUGGGGCGCAUAUUUUUAUCAUUUUGAGCUUGAGGCUACUGGAGAAAUGAAUAAUCUUCUUGAUGCUAUCAGAUGGGGCACUGAUUAUCUUCUUAAAGCCAGUUCUCAACGUAAUCGUUUGUUUGUUGAGGUCGGAGAUCCGGAGGAGGAUCAUAAGUGUUGGAUGAGGCCUGAGAACAUGAAAACACCAAGAACGGUGUUGGAAAUUAACGAUAAAACUCCUGGAACCGAGAUUGCUGGCGAGACCGCUGCAGCUUUGGCUGCUUCAUCGCUCGCUUUUCGCAAAAGCGAUCAACCCUAUGCCGACAAACUCCUUGAGACAGCCAUACAGGUGUUCCAAUUCGCAGAUGAAUAUAGGGGAACUUUCGAUGGCGCAUGCCCUUUCUAUUGCUCGUAUUCUGGAUUUAACGAUGAGUUAUUAUGGGGGGCAGCAUGGCUGUUCAUAGCAUCAAGAGAUCCACAGUAUAUGAAGUACAUACUAGAACAGUCAACAACUGCUACCGUUUUUGAGUUCAGCUGGGACCUCAAAUAUGCUGGUGCCCAGGUCCUUCUUUCUCAGUUGUUUUGGGAAGGACAAAAGGAGUUGCAGUCGUUCCAGCAGCAGGCUGAUGGAUUCAUAUGUUCAGUUCUUCCAGGAAGCCCUUACCAUCAAACUUUCAUGACUCCAGGAGGUUAUCUUAACUUGAGAGAUGGUGCAAAUUCACAAUAUGUGACAUCCACAGCAUUGCUUUUCAGUAUUUACAGUGAUUUGUUGGCUAGACACAAUAUGCAAGUCACUUGUGGUGACAAAAAAUUCACUAGUGUCGAGAUUAUGGCGUUUGCUAAACAACAGAUGGAUUAUUUACUAGGGCAUAACCCUGUAAAGAGGUCAAUGAUGGUCGGGUUCGGUAACAACCCACCGGUUCAGGCGCACCAUAGAGGUGCAUCGGUGCCAGCAAAUGCUGUAAAGGAAGAUAUAAAUUGUGGGAUGAGUUUUGUUUAUUGGUACAACGUAGAUACACCUAACCCUAAUGAGCUCACGGGCGCGAUCCUUGGUGGCCCUGAUAGGCAGGAUCAAUUCGUAGACAAACGGGUUAAUUCAUCAUAUACCGAGCCGUGUACCUAUGUGAAUGCGUGCGCCAUCGGAGUCCUUGCAAAGCUUGCAAAACAUCAUGGCUAA